AGGUUCCAAGAAGCACACCAAGCUUGGAAGCAAACAAUAAGCUGCAGGAAGCGCCGACCAGUUGACGGACGGCUUCGAUCCAUGGAUGCCGAGAUGCCUCUUCUGCAGCUUGUGACCCAGGCCAAGAAGCCGAUGGCCGCUCCUCCGCUCCAGGAUGCUACCCGGCUGGCCAGCGCUUGGGCGCUUGUCAAUGCAAGCAUCAUCAUCGUCUCCUACGCCUUGAGCUCCGCCAUCGUCCCUGCACUCUGCCAGCUGCCGUGCUGCGAUUUAUGCAGGGAGGACGCCAUGGAACGCGCCCUCUUGAUCGGGCUGUGGUGUUGCAGCGCACUUCAGGCGGCCGCGGCGGCGCUGGCUCUGCUUCUUCUGUGCCGCCGCCACCCGAUCCGCCGUGCUGUUGCCUACCUCGCCGUCGCGGUCGCCAUCGACCCGUCUUGCUCUUCCCCUUGA